UGUCCCUUUGUAGAAAAUGAAAUUUUCAACGAGAGAUUUGAAAAGUUUAUGCUGAUAAUUAUAAAUAAAAAAAUUAUUUAAAAAUUCAACAGAAUCAGAAAGAAAUAUCGACUCUCCUCCCGUACUGUCUCCGGCAGUAAUUUCAUUUGAGAGCCCCAAAACCAAUAAUGAUAAAGACCGCAUAAUAAGAAAUAAAAACUAAAUACGAAGGUGUCGCCCCUACCCAAAAUAAACGAAAGUUGCAAUUGAAGUAUGUUAGUUACAAACCAAUUCCCCUAAUUAGACUAGAUAUCUGUCCAAAAGAGAAAACUGACACGCCCCCGAAAUUGAGCUAUACUAUCAACAUAAUACCAACAUAAACCAUUUCAAAUAACAACGCAAAAUAAUACAACUUGAAGAGAAAGCGCAGGUUUUUGCAGAGUUCAUCGUGUCGUAGAAAGUUUGAAAUUGUAUUGUAUAAAAAAAAUAAGAAAAAAAUAAGGAAACCAUCUAAGCGAGCAAAGAAUAUUUGUAAAGUUUACAUUUCGUGUAAGUUUCUGAGCGAAUUAAGUGAAGGGAAGAUUCCAGUUGCAGUUGUUCUCAGCAGCGUUCCAAAUAAACAAAUAAAACAAACAAACAAACACCACAAGGAGCAAAAGUUCAGGCCAGCGGCUGAAGAUCCUCGCUCGCCUCGGCCUGUGGCAAUGUGUGUGUCUCUCCGGCUCCGGAGCACGGAUUCCGGAUUCCAGACUCGGAUCCACGGAUGCAGAUGCGGAUGCGGAUUCGACUCCGGGUCGCGGCGGACACGUGUGAUAGUUGCAAUUUAUAUAAAUUAUAUAUACACAUAUGAAAAUGAAAGAAAAAAACAAAAACCACAAAAAAAAACAAAUUAUGCAUAAUUUUAACUAUUUUUUUUAAUUUCGUCUUGCGUUGAACUAUUUUUCCAUAUUCUAGCAACAAUCGAAGAUUUAAUGCUACUAUCUUUAAACAUGAACGAGAAAGGAGAAACUAUCGUAAACCAUAAAAAUUAAACUUACAUCUAGUAUGCAAUUAAGCGGAGGAAGUAAAGUGAAAUCUUAAACAUAAACCUUGAAAUACUUUACUAUAAUGCAAAGAGUAAACAAACGUAAAUAAAACGAACAACACAAUACCAUAAACAACUUUGUUUAAAUCGUUUCACAAAACAUCUUUGAUCCGACGCUUAUUUCUUUCCAAUUCAUAAUUUUUAUGUUGUCUGUAUGUAUUUAAAUUUAACAUUUAUAAAUUAUAAUAAAUGAAAACAUCGUAUAUACUUAUAUAUAUAUAUGAAUCCGUAUAUAUAUGAAGUCAUUCGAUUUGAAUCGAGAAUGAGUCGAUAUUCGUAUUUCACAUUCGGGUUUCUAGGGUUAUUCAAAAUUGUUUUCGGAAGCGUAGCGGACUGUUGUUGAAGCGCUGCGUUCUUGCGGUUUUAAGAUUUGGUUCAGGAGGUAGGAUUCCUGAUACGGCUUUGGAGAUAAUAUAAGUAGCUGAGUAAAUAUAAUAAAAAUAUGAUGGAUGACGACGAAUUAAUUGUCACCAAGCCUCAAGGGGGGAUUACAAAUAAUCAUUGCAGGAUUCGAUUAAUUAGUCAAGAAUCUGAGCUCCUUCAAAGCGGAUCGAUCCAUGAUGGAGAAAAUAUUUUCCUCUGAGGUCGUCCUUCUAGGUAAUUCCAACGUUGGAAAAUCAUCGUUACUCUCGCUCUAUGUUAAUGGUGAUAUUCCUGCAAAAAUUGAACGUACAGUGGGAGUGGAGUUUCUGAUAAAAACCAUUAUUGAACCCCAUGUAACUACCAGACUGAAGAUCUGGGAUACAACGGGUCAGGAGCGAUUCAAGGAGAUAGUUCAGAAGCAAUACACAAAUCAUGAAGGUGCCCUGCUAGUAUACGACAUUCAUGAUCGAAAAAGCUAUAACGACGUGAUACAUUUGGCGGAAGAACUCAAUGAUUGGACACAGAAGCCCAGAAAAGUUAUAGCUUUAGUUGGCAACAAAGCUGAUAUACCAGACAAUCGAGUUGUGUCUACAGAAGAGGCGGAGAAAUAUGCCGAAAGAAACGGAUUGAUUUUUUGGGAGACAUCCGCCAUCACCAACUUGAAUGUCCAUGGCUGCUUUCUCGAAGUCGCAACUGCUAUACGAAAUGCGAAAACAUUACUCAAGCAUAGAAGGUCGUCUUGGUAUUUGUAAAUAAAAAGGGACGUCGACACGAAAUUGGUUGAAAAACAUAGAUUUAUUGUAUAAUGAAUAAUUGUUACAUCUGGGAAUCCCCGACUUUGUCGUCCAUGUUUAUAAACAAUAAAAUGAAUGCAUAAUCAAAAUCCCAGAGAUGAAAAAUGAGAAUAAUAUGUGGAAAAUAAGCAAACACGUGCCUUGUCAACAACUAUGCCCGAAUUUUUGUACCUCCUGAAAGUGUAAACAAAACACUCGAUGAUCGGAUUUCGCUUUGAGUAAAAUUUGGUUGAAUCAGUAUUUAUUUAUUGAAUUUAUAAUUUCAUUCUAGUUUCUUUUGAAGUUGAUCGACCGAUAAAGUUAAAAAUGUAUAUUGCAGUU